UCUCCCCGUCCCCCUGGGCCGCCCCUCGGCCCUUGCCCAGGCGCGGCCGUGACGCGCGGCAGGCGGAAGGGGCGGUGCGAUGGCGGCGGCGAUGGCGGAGCCCGUGCGGGAGCUGCCGCGGCUGUGGCAGGAGGCGGCAGCGCUGGCGGGGGCGGUGCGCGGCGCGCUGGGGCCGCGGGGCGGGCGGGCGCUGCUGCUGCAGCCCACAGGCGAGGCGGUGCCGACGCGGGACGGGCGGCGGCUGCUGGAGGCGCUGAGGCUGGAGCCGCCUGCGGCCAGGUACCGCGGCGGGCUGCGGCGGGCGCUGCGGGCCUUCGAGGCGCAGGUGCUGGAGCGGGCGGCGGCGCGGGGGCUGCGGCGCCACUGGCGGCCGGCGGCGCCCGGGCUCCCAGAGGUGCUGCUGGAGGCGCUGCUGGAGCCGUACCUGGCCGGCCGGCUGGGCCCUGGCGAGCGGCGGCGCCUGGCGCGGCUCUGCGCCGAGUUGUGCUGCCGCUGCGCCCCGGCCGCCGCCGCCCGCCCUGAGGCGCUGCGGCUCCUCGCGCGGCGGUUCGCGGCCCUGCACGCCGCCGUGCCCGGCCUGCCCCUGGCCAGCUCCACCAUCCUGCCCGGCAUCGUCCUCCGCAGGGACUUCGCUGCUUACUGUCCGGCCGAGGGGGAGCUGCGGGCCCUGCUAGUCACUGAGCCCCUGCAGCCCGCCCUGACGGCCCCCGGCGUCGAGUUUGUUGUCGACUCCGAGGGUCAGUAUGAGGCUUCCCUGCGCUGGAUCACAAGGAGGACAGAAGCCUUAGUGAAACACUUGCAUAGCAACAGCGUUAAGCUGUUACUGUCGAGCACGAAACAAGACGAAGUAGUUAUCUAUUAUGCCCAACUAUAUGGUGUUUCUGUUGUAGAGUGCUUAUUGUCGGAAGAAAUGGCCCUUAUCAGUGAAAUCACCGGCGUCUCGCCUUAUGCACCUUUUGGUGAUGACAUGUACAGGGAAAUCACUGAAACUGCGGUGGCAUCGUUUUGCCAGCCCUUGCUGCUCGGCUCCAAGAGAUGUGUCCACAUUGGCUUCACCAGUGUGUGUGCCUUCCAGCCCCAUUGCCUGAUCCUUUGUGGGCCAGUCGAUGGGGUCAAUGAGCAACAUGCCGCUGCUUUACAAGAGGCCUUCGUUAUGCUGCAGCAGCUGUUUAAAACAGUUGAUCGGAGGGGGGAAUGCAAAGCGGAAGGUGAAAGCCAGAACAAAGCCUCAGAUGUUUGCAGUUGGGAUUCUUCACCUACUCAGAAACAAAUUGUAGUAGAAAAUAUUUCUUGUAAUAGUACCCAGGUUUCUGAAUGUCAGCUGAAAGCACUUAGUGAUGAAACAGAGACAAAAAUUUUAGACCUUGAUAAAGGUAGUUCACUGGUGGACAAACAAAAGAGCUACAACACUGCUGUGUUGGCAUGUAACGCUGAUACAGUGACUGCGUGUGAGCUCCUGGAUGUUGGCAAAGAUUUAGAGAAAACACGUUGCAAUAUACUUCCAUUUAAACAGGAAGAGAGUUGUGCAGGUAUUGCACAGGAUCAUUCCAGCUCCCUCAUAGAAGCAGGAUCAGUUUUGCCAGUAGGAGGUUACUUUGAAAUCCUUUUACAUUAUUAUAUUCAGUACUAUGCAAAACAGUGUCAGCAGUCAGAGGUAGCUGUCGUAUCUAAUGUGGUUGCUGAUGCUUUGCUAAGUAUUCCUAAGGCCUUAUACAGGACAACAGAACUAGACAGCUUUACCAAAUUCUAUCUCAAAGCUGUUAAUUCACUCCAAAAAAAUCAACCACUGCCAGGGAACAAGGACGGCUUGGAGUCAGUGUACUGCAAAUACCAGUUAGUCAUUUCAGUACUUCAUUGUGUUACAGAGCUUCUCUCCGUUGACUUAAUAAUUGGUAUUAAGCGGCCAGUGCAAAAAAUUGAGGACCAUGAUUCAGAAGAUGACUUUUGAAAUCAUUAAUAAAGAAUGGUUUUGAUUAUGUCUUAUGUUCUUAUGUCUUCUUGUCAAAUGGAUGUGUCUCAAAAUUCAGUGCUAGAGACUAAAAGAUAUUUUUUUAAGUCUAGAGAUCUACUGUGCUACUUCUUUUAGAAGAAAAGGAAAAAAAGGGCUAACCAGCUGAAGAUAGGCUGGGACAGUUUGGGAGAAUGUGUUGACUCAGUUUACACACCACAGGGAGUGGUGUGUUUGGGCAUGCACUGAGGUUGUAGCAGCCUAUGGGUUUUUCUUCAUGUACUGUUUCCCAGAGAUUAUUUCUGUUUUGUGCUGUUAUUCUAUUAUAUUUCUAAAUAUGGGUUGUCCUCCAUGCAAAGUGAAAGUCAGGUACACAUGGACACAUGUUUCGACUGAGAUCCAAACUCAAAAUAUCAUGUAAAGUGCAGGCAUACUGGUAUUAAUAGACAAAGAUUAAAAGAAUGUUUUUUAAAAAAAUCUUGAUGUUUUAACCCUCCUUUCUACAGCCCUUGGCAAACUUACAUUCUGCCCCAUGUGAAAUGCAGCAGACUAUUUUGAAGGUGCUCACCCCAACUGCAAGGAGUGUAGGUGCGUUUUAAGCAAAGUAACCCUAUUUGUCAGGUAGCAGAUUCACAUAUAGAGGCAGGUAGUUUCCUUUUUUUUUUUUAAUUAAAAACCAGUUUUUAAGAUGCAUGAGUAGUAAUGUGCAAUAAGACUAGAUUGAAACUGCAUGCUGCAUGCAACUCUUGAGAAUGGGAAUGGUCUGUUUUUAUUUGUUGGUUUGUGUGGGGGUCGAGUCUGAACAGACUUUUACAGGUGCUGGGAUCACACUGAGACAGCCUCCAUUCCCCAGCUCUCCUCCAGCUGCCAUCCCUGCCGCUGGCCCAGCUGGCUCCCUGCUCUACACCUUCCCUGGUCCUUCUCACUGAUCUGGAACAGUAUCUCCCUGUUUACCAAAUAGGCAUUGCUUAGUUUCUGUAGUGAAAGUUAUGCAACCUAAGUAUGGCCUUACAUUUUCAUCCAUGCUUAGCUGAUUGCUGACCUUUAGCGUUUUUGGCAGCUAUACAGAGAGCAUCGUUAAUAGGAACCAGGCACAACAAAGAAUAUUAUUCUGUUGUGUCACAAAUCUCACGCUGCUGAAUCACGUUUGUAAGAGGAAAUAGGGGACUGCAACAUUUUGUUUAGGAGCAUAACUGUAUAGUGGCAUAUUUUAUAUUUUUCUGUAUAUUUUGCAUGCAGAAAAAUGUAUAUGGUUUCUGUUGUUAUCUUUAUAAAUCAUCUUCCAGAGCCCAAAGGUAGGGCAUUAAUCACACCAUGUGAGAAGAUUAAGGAAGAUUAAAUUCUUCACUAGAAUUCUAUUCAUCUGUUCUAAAUUUGCUCUUUGUUAUGUGACAAAUCUGCUGUUAGUGGUAGAGACUCCUGUUUUGAUUUCUGAAUUGUUUCUAUGCUUGUUUAGGUUAAUCCAUCCCCUUGCAUAUUUUUUUUUAGUGAGGUUCUUUUAAAUCUCAUGCUAAGAGAGAAACUAUUUCAAUAUUCAGUUGCAAAAUUCUGUUUACAUCUUGAUCUUGAGAUCUAAGAAACUGUGGUUUUGUCACUAGUGAACACAAAUAUGAAAUACUUGCUCUAUUUACUAUUGUAUUUAUCACAUUAUUGCUUUUAAGACUGAACAAAUCAAGAGAGUAAUGUCUGAAUUUAUCACCAGUUGCUUUGGAAAUGCAUUGACUGUAAUAAACGCAAUUAUAAUUUUGCAGCAUCAUUUUGUGCAAGGUGUCAUUUAUAUUCUGUUAAUGAGACUAGAAAUAGAUGUUUGGAUAUAGGAUUAUGUAAAUUACUUCCCUCUGAGAAUAUUAAGCUAAUAAUUAUAUCCAGGAAUAGAAAUUCUAAUUUUUUCAUUCCAAAACUAAAAAUAACGGUAGCAAAAAUGUAAUAGAUGUAAUAUAUAGUAGCUCCUUCUUUAUUAUAUGAUUCAGUAAAAGACUAGACUAUGUAAGCAGUGUUUAUUCCUGUGAUAGAUCAAGCAGUUCACUCUUUCUAAAAACAGUUCUGUCAAAAAGAAUACAAUAUAGUUUUCCAUAGGAACACCAUUUGUGCUAGUGCAGCAGACUGUUUAUUUCUCACAAAGUCACCAGCAGAUAAAAGAACUGUUACACUGAGGCUUUGGUUUAGUGUGGGAUUAAGGGCACAUCAGUAAUGCUGUGUCCUGCAUGGCUGUGUCCUAAGCCACCUACAGCAGAAAUCACUAUAAAAGAUAAAAUUUCCAUUUAAGGUAUUUUAAAAAAGGUAUUGUUUUACUAAACAGAAUCUCUAAUCUGUUCUUAUUUUGAGAUUCCCAGUAAAAUAAGACAGAAUGGUGAUUUUGCUUUUGAUAAUAAUCAUGACCUACUUUCAGUGGAUGUCUUCAUUUUGCGGGCUUAACAUCUGAUUAAAUAUUACCUUAAAAUGGGAAUGCAGAGAGGGAACACAUGGUAGGGAUUUCUCAGUGUAUGUGGCAGAACAGACAGUUCCAGAUGAGAGAAAUGUCUGCCGAGAUUUUAACAUUAGACUUGAUACAUGUCUGAUAUCAUGUAUAAGGAUUAUAUUUAUAUACCACUGCUUUUAGAACACUGAAAGUCAUUGUAGAAACAGCUGGAUUAUAUUCGUAGGGCAAACAAACUGCUUGGGAGCUGUUUUCUAAAAUCAGAAAUACUCUGAGGCCUGUAAUUACUGAUGCAGUACUAAAAAAGGUACAAAAUAGUUACACAAUGCUCAAAAAAGUCUGUUAUCAGUGUUGACUGUACUGGAGAUGUUUAUUGGCAUAAGUGUUUUUUAAAGUACUGGUGUUAGGAGUAUAAUCCUGAGGACCAGUGCCCCACAGCAGGGCUUCUGCUGCCAUUCCUGUUGGGACUAGGGAUAGCUCUGCCCUUGCACUCCAGCAGUCACACCUAAGAGCGGUCCUACUGUGCCUAGCCUAAGCUGUACAGUUCACCUUGCCAGAGUGUUUGUGAAUGAAUUUCGGCAGCUCAGUAAAUCUUGCAAGCUGCGGUGUAGGUAAGUAGGGGGGGUUUUGGCAUUUCCCAACUACUGGUGCUUAUAAUAGAGCAAGUAUUGGAAAUUGCAUUCCCUGUAAUUUGAGACCUUUUUGUCACCUUGCAGAAUUUUCCAGUGAGACACUUUUUAAGCCUUAGCAGUUAUUAGCAAGUAUUAUCAACAUGCUUUUGUUCUAGAACUCCCCUCUAUUUCAGAAGUUUGUCCCCUGGGCUAUAAUCCUAAAUGUUGCAGAACUUACAUGGCUUGGAUUUAUGGAGCCAAUUUGUAAUCAUCCAGAAAGCAGGAAAUUUUCUCCUCCUGUUUUAGUUGCUUCUAUUCUGUGUGACUGUGAAGCUCAUGAGACAGUGUAAUACAGUAAUAACUCCGUGGGUGUGUGGGUGGAGAGGAGGGACAAAGAAUAAGAGAAGUCAGGAGAUAAGAAGACCCAGUUCAAAAGGAAGAGCAGAGAAAAGAUGAAGAUUGAAUGGUGAAUAGAGCAUAGAAAAGGACUGUCCUGUAGAAGGAAGAAUGUAGAGUCUCAGAUACACGAAUGGGAAGAAACAGCCCCAGCUUUCACACCUACCUCCCUGGGAUGCAGUAGCAAAAGGAAGGCAUUAAGUUCUGCUCUCCCCUUGGAAGACUAGCAGAAGAUGGUUGCCAAGUGGACAAAAAAUCCACAAAACUAAUUUUCUCCUGUGCUGAUGUAGGAGAGUAGCUACCUUGGAAAGCAUUAGGAGCUGUGGAGACAGCCUGUCUGCAUAUCUCAAGGGAGUCCUGGGCUGCAAACUUGUGACAGCCUGAGAUAAGAGAUGCACAUUUCUGUUUCUGAGGCUCAAAGAGUCUAGGAGUGGAUGAGAAAUUACUGGGUGUGGAUUACAUUUGUUUAGAUUGCACAUCUUGCCCUCACUGUCCCGAGCCUCUGGAAUGUGCUUUGAUCCCUAGGUAGUUGCAAAGUACAGGCAGGGAUCAUCAGUAAUCCAGUGCUUGGCUCCCCAGCCUCGGUGAGCAGAGGUUCUGGGCUUGAGCUUGUGUGGUGCCUCGUGCCUGGGGAGCACUGAGCCAGUUCAUGUUACAGGUCAUACUGUGAAAACACAGGGUUGUAAUGGGAAGCUGCUGGGUUUACUGCUUUGAAAAGAAUUGCAUGAACUGUUAUUGAAGUUAUAAAUCAUCGCCUGAUAAAUUUGCCAUCUGCUAGGCCUUAGAUAAUGAAUCUAAAUUUACUUGUGUUUGAGCAGAGAAAGCCUGUCUAAGACCUUGAAGCUUGUUUUUCAUAGUGAAUUAUAACAGGAGUUCAAUGCCAUUAACCUCCUUAUUGUAGGGAAAAAUUAAUUUUCUUGUGUAGUUCUGACUUCUCAUAAGACUGAACAGUUUCCAGAGAAACAAUUAUUCUAAAAAUUAUAGAUUACAGCAUUUCCAAUACCAAUCUGUUAUUGACAACAUCUUGUUUGUUUAAUAGCUAGCACUUAUGACCAUGAAAAAGGUCUAUCCCCACUGAAAAUAGCACAUUUCUGCCUUGCGUACUCAGACUCCAGACCUCUAAUCCAAAUGUAUUCAAGUGAUCAGAAGAUACUGAACUGACAGGCUACCAGCCCAGUAAAAUUAAUUGCAUAGUACUUUGGAGCAGAUGAUGAUUGAUACCAGAUUUUUUUUUAAUAACAAUUCUCAUUGUUUUUCCUACAGAAAAAAAAUACAUGGUUGAAAUAAAAUGUGUGAUCAUUUUCUUGCUAUUGUAUUUAAUAUAUUUGUACUUUAACCAUUUUUUCUGUGCUAUCUCUAGGGUUUUGUAAAUAUGAUUAAUAUCUGAUUUUAAAAGCUUCAUAAUGGUUCAGUAACUGCCUGACUUUGGCUGUAACAUUUUAACUGCGAAGAUCAAAUUAUAAUAAAAACACAGCAAACAUC